GGAGCUCCACCCGUGCAUCCAUCUGUCUGUCGGGUCUUGAUGCAGCCACGCACGCACAUGAAGGGGCAAAAUCUGUGUGCACACGACCGGCUCCUCAGAUCUGCACAGUGAGUGGGCCGAAGACGCCCGAAAGAGGCCUGACUUGACUGUACAGAACUUCAAGGAAUGCCAUGCAUGGUCAGAGAAAACACGAGCAUAGCAUAUCGGUGCUGUCCACUGAGAGUACUUACCGGAGCAUCGGACUGAAUCGAUGUUGUGUCGUCUGUAUGUCAAGCGACAGGGUCGGCGACCGCCACUGCGCAGAGGCGCAAAGACACACCAUGGACACUGUGUCCCUGCGUUCCUCCCCUCCCCAUCCCAUUCCUUACUUGGAUUGUUCUGUGUGCCGUUCGUGCGGUCCAUUUCGGUGUGCGAAUCGGUCUUGGUAGAGACACACCCCACAGGCACACCCACCUGCACACGCACACACAGAGGAUGGAUGGCAUGAGAUGAGACGCGAAGAUAUCAUCUCCUCCCUUGUGCCUCUCUCCGAGCUGACCACGUUCUGCCCCACGCUUUUAUGAGUGGUCUCAGCUGCAGCCAUCUCCUCACUCCCUCCCAUCACUCCACUCCGUGCGAUGCCCACAUCCAGCUGGAUGGCGGCGCCAACCGACGACGCAUGCACAGCAGGCUGAGACACAUCCUACAAGCAACACAUACACACAAGUACGAGAGAGGGUGGUUUGUUCCUGCCUGUCUGCGAUAUGCGUGUUAGUAUGUGUGUGUACGGGUGUGUUUUGCGGCGUGCGGUCGAGCAGGUCGAUGUGUAUGGGGUCGGUGUGUGUGGGGCUGGAUAUGUGGAUGCACCUCGGGAUGUGCUGCGUCACCGUCAAACACUCACCGUCAGGCUUCUGCACCUGCACAUCAAGAUACAUACGCACAGACAGACACAGACACAGACACAAGUAGAUGUACAUAUGCCUGCCUGUAUGGACGGACGGCCAUGUGUGCGUGUGGUUCUUUGUACCGUCUCCUCCACCGCAUCACAUACGACGUCGACCUUGGUGCCGAAAGGCGACCCCAGGAUCAGCAUCGACUUGUCACGGUACUCACACAACUCAUGCAGAUACUCGGUCGGCACGUAACACACACUGCACACCACACCACACCCACCCACACAUCCAAUGCCAUGAGGGCAGCAUUUAUCCCCGCUCCUCUCCCUUAGCCGUCCUGUCUGACCCUUGCUGCUUAGCCUCAUCCAGUGUCUCCUUCUGUCGGCUGGCCGCCUGCGCCAGCUGCUGGUCCAACAUUGCCUCCUCCUGCUUGAGCGACGCCAGCUGCUCCUCAACACUCAUCUCACACGACAACAACAGAGGGGGAAUCCCACGCCUGAGCAGAACGCCAAACACACACACAUAUUGCAAAGGAAUCAGACCUGCUGCCUGCCACCCCAUAUAUGCGUCUUUACGUGCAUUUGAAGAUGUUGUCAUCGGUCUUGGUGAUGACGCCGAUGCCCUCCAACACGUCGGUGAUGUCGUAGAGGCGACUGCGGUGCACCUGCAGCAUCUUCUCAGCCUCGGCCAGGUCCAUCUGCCGGUUCAGCCCCUGCACCAACUCGAGGAGGCGCCGCGUCAGCAUCACCGUGGUGUCACCACUCUCAGACGAUGUGCGAUUCAUGCCCUCAACCGCCCCCUCCCCAGCCUCAUUGGACACCAUGCUGGACGCCAUCAUGCUCACCACAGCCGUCACCACAGCACCGGUUUCCUGGCCGUCCUGCAUGAUUGCCGAUGGCGCGCGAUUGACGGCUGCCGCAUCGUGUGUUUUGGUGAUGGGAGGCUGGGCUGAUGCAGCGAGAUCGGAUGUGUCGGGCGGCAUUGUGUUGUGGGGUGGGUAGAGCCGGGCUUCAUCGAGCGUCGAAGCAACGGUGCCGUCGGCUCCCUCCUUCUGUGCCAUCAUACUCCCUUCCAUGAAGGCCUGAGGGAUGCAAAACCCGUUGCUUUGCCGUGCUUUUCG